AGCAGAAAGAAUCAACCAUGGGCUCAUUAGGGUGCUGGAGGCUUGUGGGGUGUCUGGGCAGGAUCUCAGCACAGAGGAGCUCUGGCAGAAAGUGCUGCAGGAUGUGACCACAGAAGAGCUGUGCGCACCUCUGCAUCGACUAGGUGCUCUGCAGGGAGCGGUAUGGCUGGCAGCAAACUGCCUGGGGAGCGUCACUGGUCUCUUCCGGCUCCUGAGUGACACCAAGGGCCCGCUGCCUUCUGCCCACGGGGGUGAGAAUGAGCUCCUUGCGCUUCUCAAGGCAUGGAGUGUGCCUGUUGAGGGGGACACGUCGCCCCUCGUGGUGCAGAGCACCAAGGACUUGAAAGAGAUACUGUGGACCUCAGCUGCCUUCCUGCAAGGUUUGCAGGGCCUGGAGGCUGGGAAUCUCCCCACAGCUCUCUCCCUGCUCCAGGCAGCUGCAUCCGGGUUCUGCUCCAAGAGGGUCCUGGCCCAGAUCUACACCUGCAUCGGCUGCUGCACUCAGCAAAUGGGCAAGCCUCAGACUGCUCUUCAGCACUUGAAGCGGGCGCUGCAGGUGGAUUUCCAGUGCCUCUCUGCCCUGUCCCAGGCGGCGCUGGUGUACCGCCAGCUGGGGGAGACGGACGCGGAGUUGGAAGCUCUGGCUCUGCUCUACAAGGCUCUGGAGACCCCCGCUCAGGAGGCUGUCUCCAUCGAUCCUUGCUUUCUAAUCCGAACGGAGCUCCUUGUUCACACCCCGGCCCUGGCAUCCCUGUUCAGCCGCAGCCACCCGUCGGAAGUGAAGUACCUGCUGGCGCAGCGGUGCCUCCAGGCUGGCAGGGUGGGUGAGGCAGUGGAGCAUUACCUGGACCUUCUGGCUCUGCUGCAGGAAGGGCCGCAGCACCAGGUGCCCCUGCACGGCAGGUCAGCUCUGCCCAGGAUCCCGGAGGUGUUCCUGGAAGCUGCGUCCGCCCUCGAGCAGCUCGGGAGGUACCAGGACGCCAUAGCUGUGUGUGAGGAGGUCAUCAGUCGAACGGAUGACCUGAUCCCAGAGACGCUGCGGAUCGAAUUGGACUCCGGUGCUGGAGGGGAGGCACCAGGGAGGGCAGGCUCCCCUUCACCUGGCAUCCCACCCCAGCAGAGAGAGAGCCUGCGCUGCAUCGUGUGGAGGGCAGCUGCGUAUCUGCAUCAGGGCCGGGCUUGGGCCAGGCUGGGGGAGAGCAAGGAAGCCAUAACACGGUUUACCAGGUGCCUUAAUGUCCUCCUGAGAGUCCAGCUCGUGAGCGCAGCCAGCAUCCAGAGCAGCGAGGAGAUGGCAGAGGCCCUGCCAGAGACAAAGGUGCUCCAGAAGAUCAGGUUGCUGGCUCUCCUCGGACGAGGCUCCCAGUUCCAGGAGCUGGGUCGGGACAAAGAAGCUUUGAUGAAUUUCCAGCACAGUCUGCAAGUUUGCCCAGGUGACCCUGCUGCCACCUCUCACCUGCUGCGAGCUCUGUGGAAGCUGAACCGAAGGCAGGAGGCUGCUGCUCUCUGGCAGAAGUUGCACGCGGACACUGCCCCGGCAGACGGGCAGCAGGAAGCACCGGGGAGGCCCUACCCGUUGUACCUGGUGUCGUGUCUAAAGCAGGUGAACCUCCCACACGAUGAGUCUCUUGCUAGGAGUCUGCAGGACUAUCUGAGGACCAGUGGCCAGGAUCCUUAGAGCCAUCCCCGUCUCCCUCCCCACAGUCACGCAACUGCUAAAACCUCCUUCCCUGCAGAGGGCAGCAGGACGGCAUUAUGCUCUGAUGGCUUUCCCAGGACUCUGACUUGCCCUUGGGCAGAAGAACUCUUCCUAGCCAAGGCACCAAAGCACAAUGAAGCUAUUUUUUUGGUAAUAAAAAGGACGCGGGAGUCGGCCACGCCCCACUGUGUUCGGCUUAUGCACACUCUUCUAAACCUCUCCUGGACUGUCUACGUUAAGAGUGAAGCAUUGUGUGCUGCAGGGCACUUGCCCGGGCGCUGUCGGGAAUGGCCUGAGCCUCCUGCCUCCAUGUCCCCUCGCCGUGGAGAGUGGGGUUGCCUGCGUGCUGGAUCCGUUGGGCCAUGCCUACCGUAGGAGCACAGGUGUGUGUUUUAACACGUUAUCACCUAGUGUCCACAGGGCAAGCUGGAGUUCUAACCCCUGGUCCCUGCUGACCUGGUGCCAGAGCCAGCACUAAACGUGGGCGUUCCUGGCUCCUGGUACCGAGCUCCCCCUGCCUUUCUGUCUGAGCUGCAGCAGCUUCCCCCACCUACGCUGCACCCAGGGGCUGCAGGGGGGAGCAGCUUAGAAAUGUCUCAGCGGAGAGAGGCAGGGCAGGGUACGCGUGUUCUCUUCAGUGAACGUCACAACGGACCAGGGAGGCCACGGCUGUGCUGGCUGGAUUGUCAGGCCAGGGCGGCAGGGGGUCUGCUCAGGUAUGGCUCUGCAUCGGCACAUGCCGGGCCUGGGCUGUGGGGAGAAGAGGGAUCAGACCUAGCUGCCCUGGGGAGCUCUAAGCGGGGGUGGGGAAGGGUCUGGCAUGGAGGAGAGGAUCGGCUCCAUGUGUAAUCACAAGGCAGAUGCGCUGGGAACUGCAGGGCUCUCUCUGCUUGGUGGGCUGAUCUCCAGUGUUGGGCAGGAGCUCUCCCUGGGGCCGGCCAUACAGGGUGUGUGUGGGGAGCUGCAGAGGGGAUCUCUGCUCGGUGGGUUGGGAAGGCACAGGGCUGGGGGAGGGUGCCCCUAGCUGCAGGGCCCGAGUCUCCGGGAGGGGGUGUGCAGCCUGUCCAAUCAGGAGGGAAGUGCAUAGGCUCCUAGCCAACCAAAGUCAGGUGCUGCAGCUUCGUGACCCCCUGUGGUGUGAGGGGGGCAGGGGUGUGACCAUGGAGUGGGGGCUUGUCUGGCUGGCCAGUCUGCCGCGAGCCUGGGCCUGGGGCACGGUUGUGAGAAGCAAGGGCAGUGGGCCUCUGAUUGAGCCUCUAAGGAAGGGGGCGACACCCCCAGGGAGAGAGCUAGGGGGCAGGGCCUGCCCUGGGGGGGACCCUUCAUAGAGUGAGGGAGUUGAGACACCCCCUCCCCCCAGGCAGGGGACCCUCCUAGAUGGAGGUGCCUCUGGGUCAUGUUCCCCCUCAUGCGCGUAGGGUGAGACUGACUGGGGAGAUUCACCCCCCCAGCACACACACAGGUUUCUGGGGCUAGUCCCCAAUGUGCCCCUGUUUUUUCAACUUUGUCUUUUCUAAGGUAUAAGUGAGUAAUAUUUCUCACGUUUUUAAGGAAAAAGACACAAUCUCCAGUAGUUGUAAGUGUUCUCCUGGAAACGUUUUGCUUCUCUACCAAAGAAAAAUAGAGAGAGGGACAGGGAAGUAAUGAAUCAGUUCAUUAAUCUGAAGAGAACAAACCUAUAGAAGGCUAAAACUGACACCCUGAAUAACUGAUAGAACCAGCAACUGUCUAAUCAAUGAGAACUGCCGUCGAGCUCAGUCAGUUCACCCCUGAAAUGGAACUGAAAGGCGGUGGGAGGAAAUGGUUUUUCCCAGAGCGUAAUUAGCCUGCGGAACUCUCUGCCACAGGCAGUCAGCGAGGUUCAGAACUUGGUAAGCUUCAAGGAGCGAUGGUGCGGAGCAGGCAGGCGCUCAGUUCCCAAGGCCUCCUCCCGUGCUACAGGGAAAGCUGGGGCCUGGCCUUAGGAGAGGGCAGCUCAGGGUCGACUCUGCAGGGAUCAGAGCCUGCGGGGGGCUGCAAACCUGCAGCUUGGCUCGCUGAGCCCCUCCCAGCUUGGCUGGCCCCCCAGUCUCAUUCCUCUCCCCAGGGGCUGGGUGGCUCCAGUGCUUGCUAUGGCAGGGAGGUGAGCAAUGGAGGAUGCUGGGGGUUCUCCCUGCACAGAUGGGGGGCUCUGGAGGGAGGGCACGGUGUCCCUGUCUGCGUAGGGCUUUUAUAGGUUCCAAGACCAAAAGGGACCCCUGUGCCACCUGGUCUGACCUCCUGUAUGACACAAGCCCCUUGGACUGCCAUGAAUUAGUUAAUUGCUGUUUGAACUAGAGCAGAUCUGUUAGGGAAACCUCCCAGCUUGAUUUGAAAAUGGUCAGUGGUGGAGAAUCUGCCGCACCCCUGGGUAAACUGCUCCCAGGGUUAAUUACCGGCACUGUUAAAAUUUUACACUUUAUUCCCAGUCUGAAUCUGUCUAAGCAGCACAUGUGCACAGGCCGGGCACUCCCGCCUUAGGUGUCCUCUCUCUGGCCUGCUCUGCUCUCCCUAGGGCCACGCUCCCGCUCCCCCUCAGGGGCUGGGAUCUGCCUGGGGAGCCUUCCUGCUGCAGCAGAGCUCUCGGGGCUCGGGCAGUGCUGAACAGCAUGGCCACGGGGUGCUGACUGCAGCUGAUGCGAUGGGGACGGUGUGGGCUGGGCCAGGGCUGCACAGCAUCUGCUUCUCCGCUGUGCACGUGCUGCCCCCAUGGGAAGGGAAACAGGCUGAUCCAGUGCUCACCCGCCCAUGCUGAUCGGUUACUGGAGGGCUCCAUGACCAUCCCUGUCCCCAGCCGGCAGGGGCUGAAUUUGACUGGUACCAACAGAGAGCCGAGCAGGGCCUGGCCGACUGCUCUGGAACAGUGGCGGGUAGAUGAAAUAGCUCAGCACCCGGGCUGCUGUUAGGACGGCUCGUUCCCCUGGUUGCCCGCCUGCAUUGUUGGCAUAGAGGCUGAUGGUUUUGUUGCACAGGGGAAGGGUUUAACCUGGCACUUGGCUGGUGCAAUAGUAGAUCAGCAUUUAUCUCCUUUGUGCUCUUACAGGGGGGUUAACAUGACAGGGUUUUUAAAGCCCGUGUCAUUGAUGGCGUGGGGUUGCCCAGCGUGGGGCCCGUGGCAUGUGUUGGACACGCCACUGCUCUGAUGGCGUGGGACGCCUGUGCGUGUCAGGGCUGGGAGCUGAAGGGAGAUACCACUAGGCUGUAGCACCCAGCGGCUCCAGUCAGAGUCAGGAGCUCCUCAUGCUGGGCACUGCCCAAAGACGGAGGCAGACACGGCCCUGAAGAGGGGACAGUGGGAGGAGAGAACGUGGGCUGUGCCGAUGUUCGAUGAGAUUAUGCGUGGGGCUGUGCUGGGUGUAGAUGGUAACAGCCGGAUCCGGGGAGGUUCCAGUUAGCUGUACACGGGCGUGAGGCAGGGCCAGCGCCGCUGGGGGUGGAUUUUGAGAGUCCACACCAGCUGUAUGGUAGUAUCAAACCCUGCUCUGAGCUGGCAUGGGCACACGUGGACUUUGCUGCCCUCUCCUGACCACAUGGCGGAAUGUCAGCGCAGCGUCCACGGCCCAGGGCACAGACUGCAGCAGGCAGCCGGCGGCCUGGGUGCUUGUUUAUAUCCCAUUAGCUGAGAGCCUCUGCCCUGUGAUCCGGGUUCCAGCUGGUCCUGUGCCCGCACAAGAGCCGACCCAACAGCUCCUGUGCCUGCCUGUGCCUUUGGGUGGGACAGCCCUCUGGCUCCAGGAUGAUGUGCUUCUGCCGCUCUGCCCUGGGAAGGGAGUUACAGCAGCCCCUGAGCAUCGUUGAUUUCUGCCCAUGCCCAGAGCUGUGCUAUGUGUCUCCCAAAAUACAGGCUAGGAGCUGACACCCUAAAGGGGCUUGAAGCGGCGGGGCGGGGGCGUGAUGCCAGCGGGAUGGCGAGAGCCAGGGGGUGCUGUCUGGCUUUGUGACUGCACGGAUGGCUCAGCUGGGGAAUUCCCUGUUGGCAUGGCGGCAGAUACGAGCAUUAAGGGUGCUCCUGCCAUUGGCGGAGGGGACGGGACCAGCAGAUCAGCCCAACCCUCUCCAUGCUACUCCUGGCCAGCAACGUCCCUGGCCAAUGUCACUUUUCGCCCUGCCGCUGGCAGGCUUCAGUCACUGGUGAUGUCAGUGACUCUCCCUGUGCCCUGGCUUGGGGAGUUGCCAUCUCAAAGGCAGAGUGACUGUGUUUCCCGGGAGUGGGGUUGACAGAAUCAGCAUUUGUUAGCUCCAGGAAAAGCACAGUGUACACUGCACGUUGGCUGGCACAGCUCCCCUGCCCCAGGUGUGAUCCAGCCCAACAGCGCUGUGCUGGCAAAGGACGCUAGUGCUAGUGCCAGUGCCGUUGUACUGGCCGUACUGCACUCUUGUCGGGUUUAAGUUACAUCCGCACUCACGUGCUCCGCUGGACUAGUAACCAGCAUAGCCACACUGGCACAGCGCUCCACAUCUGGUGGAGAUCUGGUCUGAGUGAACAUGGCAGAACAUGCCGUUCAGAACCGACAGCUCAUUGGAUCAGUCUCCCCAUCAUUGGCAUUGAUCCAUUUCCUCUCCUCCCAAAAGGAAGGGCCCUCCUCCUGCCAGAAUCACUGUAAUGCAAUGCUAAACUGUAUUAUCCCGUUCAGCCACUGGGGCGGGGUGCUGAGAGCCAUAAACUGUAAACCCUGUCUAUAUUGGAAACCCCUGCAAGCCAGGGGUGCUGCAGCACCCCCCGCCUCCCUUGUUCCAGCACCUAGGCAUUAGGGCAUGCUGUGUGCAGCAUACCCUACUUAAGCUCCCAACGCCUGUUACCCCAGAAUUGAGGAGUGUUACACCCCAGAAUUUGAUCAAGCGAAUUGCAGCCAUAUUGUGUGCAUUCAGCCACCAUGAAUUAAUAAAAUGGAACGCCACUUCGUUAAGAGGUAAUUUGGACGAGCAGGGCUCCUGGAGGCAAGGUCAAAUGCUAGCUGCAGGCUUGCAGUUUCUGCUAAUCAGAAUCGGAGGCGGGGAGAAAAGAAUCAAGAAACUAUGAGACUGAAAGAAAAUAAAUGGAUGGAGACCUUGAGUUUGGGUGCCCUUAAUAUAAAAGCUUAUUAUAGCUAAGAUUGUUAGGAAUGUUUUGUUGAUAAGUAGUUGAGUGAAGUUAGGAGAAGUGAUGGCCCAGUAGGGGGUCACCAUGAGCUAUAUGUUUUGUAAAAAUUAGUUACAAAAAGACUAGAUAAUAGAGUGGUGGGGAAGUGACGGGCCAUUGCUGACCUGCUGCUAAUUACUUGAUACCAUCUCAGAUUUUAGGUAAUUAUUUGGGAUGUUCUAAACCUAUUGCUUAUGUCUGUGUGUGCUUAAAUCUAAUAAAUAGUAGUUUUAGAUAAGA